AUGGGACGAAAAAGAACGAUAUCUAGUGUACUUGAUGAAAAUCCUAUUACUACCAGAUCACCUCGAGUUACUACUCGAUCAAUCGUUCAGCCAAUAAUUCAUAACGAACUAUCCGAAGUUUUGGAAAAUACUGAAAUUCGGGAUAAUGAACCAUCUGAAGUUUUGGAAAAUACUGAAAAUAUUAAUGAUGAAUCAUCUCAAUUGACUAUUUUAAAUGAGCAAAGAGUUGACCGAUUACCUCAAAGAUGUAGAUCAAGGUACAUUUUGACUAGAGUUUCCAUUGGUAACAUCGGUAACAUCGAACAAGAUUUAUCAUUGAGAGAAAGUACGGCUGAAGAUCAAAGCGAAGACACUAAUGAAGAUAACGAAUCGAAUGGAGAUGAUGAAUCGGAAAAUAACAAUUCUGAAACUUUUGAAGAUUAUUCAUGCCCUUCUUUUGAACUAUAUCAAGACCCAGAUGUCACUGCAACUCCAACUAGCGAUGAUAAUAAGUUUUUAUGGAUUUUAAUAUGGAUUAUGAAAUUUUGA